AUUGGAUAACUUCUAGCUCUUUGAUUGGUCGCCGGAACAGGAAGUGCGAGUGGGCGUGGCUUGAGUUUCCGCGGAGGUCUUAGGAAGGCGAAAUGGAGGGAUGUGUGUCUAACAUAAUGAUCUGUAACCUGGCCUACAACGGGAAGCUGGAUGAGUUGAAGGAGAGCAUUUUGGCUGAUAAAUCUCUGGCUACUAGAACUGAUCAGGACAGCAGAACAGCAUUGCACUGGGCAUGCUCAGCUGGUCACACAGAAAUUGUUAAAUUCUUGCUGCAGCUUGGAGUGCCAGUGAAUGAUAAGGAUGACGCAGGUUGGUCUCCUCUUCAUAUUGCUGCUUCUGCUGGCCGGGAUGAGAUUGUAAAAGCCCUUCUGAGCAAAGGUGCACAUGUGAACGCUGUCAAUCAAAAUGGCUGCACUCCCCUCCAUUAUGCAGCUUCAAAGAAUAGGCAUGAGAUUGCUGUUAUGUUACUUGAAGGUGGGGCUAAUCCAGAUGCUAAGGAUCAUUAUGAUGCUACAGCAAUGCACCGUGCAGCAGCCAAGGGUAACUUGAAGAUGGUUCAUAUCCUUCUGUUCUACAAAGCAUCCACAAACAUCCAAGAUACUGAGGGUAACACUCCUCUACACUUAGCCUGUGAUGAGGAGAGAGUGGAAGAAGCAAAAUUGCUGGUUAUCCAAGGAGCAAGUAUUGACAUUGAGAAUAAAGAAGAAAAGACACCCCUGCAAGUGGCCAAAGGGGGCCUGGGUUUAAUCCUCAAGAGAAUUGCAGAAAGUGAAGCGGCUUCUAUGUAGGCUGCUUAUGUUGUAUUGUCCUCACUGUCCUGGAAACUAUUGUAUACAUGAAAAUGUUUUCUCACCUUCAGAAUUUGAUAACAUGUUGUAUUGUUCCUAUUGAAGUACUUGUUCUAUGCUUUCCACCCAUUUUCCAGGCAUUAAAAAACUGGUGAGCUUGUUCUACUGAUGUCAUUCAUUAAAUCUUGAUUACUUUGGAGUAAGUUGUCGUAGCUGUCCUGUCUUGAGCAUCUUCCCAUGCACCUGCUGACCCACUGUGGAACAAAACAAGUUCAGAGUCGGCCUGUCAGUUGGGCUCUAGGGAGCUUUCCUCUGUGUGGUCAAAACAAAUCAAGUUCACUCAAGAGACCUAUGCCAAAUAUUUCUCUUUUUUUCAACUACAAGGUUAAUUUAUUUUUGUUACAGGAGGAAGUUCUAUAUUUUAGAGGAGCAAGUUUUAAGUUGAAUUGUAUGUUCUUAAAAUAAUGACGAACAUGAGCCUACGUGCCCAUGUACCUUUUUAACUAGCCAUUUUCCUCUAAAAUAAGAUAUAUCACUUUUUUAAAAGAAAUUAAAAGUGUCUACAUUGACUUACCUUGUGUUGAAAAGAAUUGUCAAAUUUAUUAAAAAUAUGUAUAACAAUUAUAUUUUGAUUUGUAUUUCAAGUACUACAAACUUUUAUUUCAAGUAUUACAAACAAUAAACUGUUAAAAGA